AUGGAAUUCCCCUUUGGGUCCCUGGAAACUACCAACUUCCGUCGAUUCACUCCCGAGUCCCUGUUGGAGAUUGAAAAGCGAAUUGCUGCCAAGCAGGGAACAAAGAACAAGCAGAGCAAAGUCAAGCAGAAGUUCAGGCAGCUAAAGAGCAAAGAAGAGAAACCUCGGCCCCAACUGGACUUGAAAGCCUGCAACCAGCUGCCCAAGUUCUAUGGUGAGCUCCCAGCAGAACUGGUUGGGGAGCCCCUGGAGGACCUGGACCCCUUCUACAGCACAUACCGGACAUUCAUGGUGCUGAACAAAGGGAGGACCAUUUCCCGGUUCAGUGCUACUCGGGCCCUGUGGUUGUUAAGUCCUUUCAACCCGAUCAGAAGAACAGCCAUCAAAGUAUCAGUCCAUUCAUAUCCUUUAUGGUUCAGUGUAUUUAUUACAGUCACUAUUUUGAUCAAUUGUGUGUACAUGACACAGAGUGAGAGUGCAGGGAGAAUCGAGUAUGUCUUCACUGGCAUUUACACCUUUGAAGCCCUGAUAAAGAUACUGGCAAGAGGAUUUUGCCUGAAUGAGUUCACUUACCUGCGAGAUCCUUGGAAUUGGCUGGAUUUCAGUGUCAUUACACUGGCAUACGUUGGUGAAGCAAAAGAUCUCCGAGGGAUCUCAGGCCUGCGGACGUUCAGAGUUCUCAGAGCUUUAAAAACAGUUUCUGUGAUCCCUGGUCUGAAGGUCAUCGUGGGGGCCCUGAUCCACUCGGUGAGGAAGCUAGCCGACGUGACCAUCCUCACUGUCUUCUGCCUGAGUGUGUUUGCCUUGGUGGGACUGCAGCUCUUCAAGGGCAACCUCAAGAACAAAUGUGUCCGGAAUUGCACGGCCCUAAACGAGACAGCCAAUUUCUCUAAUGAAACAUUCGAGUGGAAUUUCUGCCAUAAGGACAAAGAAUUCUACAUAAAGCCAGGCACUACUGAUCCCCUACUGUGUGGUAAUGGAUCUGAUUCAGGCCACUGCCCUAAAGGUUAUUUCUGCUUGAAAACAUUUGACAACCCGGAUUUUAACUACACCAGCUUUGAUUCCUUCUCUUGGGCUUUCCUCUCACUGUUCCGCCUCAUGACACAGGAUUCCUGGGAACGCCUCUACCAGCAGACCCUGAGGGCUUCUGGAAAAAUCUAUAUGGUCUUUUUCGUGCUUGUCAUCUUCCUGGGAUCUUUCUACCUGGUCAAUUUGAUCUUGGCUGUGGUCACCAUGGCAUAUGAAGAACAGAACCAGGCAACCAUUAACGAAAUUGAAGCAAAGGAGAAGAAGUUCCAAGAAGCCCUUGAGAUGCUCCAGAAGGAGCAGGAGAUGCUGGAAGCACUGGGGAUUGAUACAGCUUCUCUCCACUCCCACAAUGGGUCACCUCCAGUCUUUAAAACUGCCAGUGAGAGAAGGCACAAGAUGAAGCCAAAGGUGUCAGAGGGCUCCACAGAUGACAACAAAUCACCCCAGUCUGAGCCUUAUAAUCAGCGCAGGAUGUCUUUCCUAGGCCUUACCUCUGGCAGACGGCGGGCUAGCCAUGGCAGCGUGUUCCUUUUCCGGGCCCCUGGCCGAGAUGUCUCCUUCCCUGAUGGGGUCACAGAUGAUGGAGUUGGUCCUGGAGACCAUGAAAACCAUCGGAGCUCCCUGCUGCUGGGUGGAGGUGCUGGCCAGCAAGGGCCCCUCCCUAGGAGUCCACUGCUUCAACCCCCCAACCCUGGCUUAGGAUAUGGAGAAAAUGGACACCCCGCAUUGCCAACUAGUGAGCUUGGCUCUGGAGCCAUCGAAGUGUCGCCGUUUGACGCAGGACAGAAGAGGACUUUCUUAUCAGCAGAAUACUUGAAUGAGCCUUUCCGAAUCAGACGGGCGAUGAGUGUGGUCAGCAUCAUGACCUCCGUCCUCGAGGAACUCGAGGAGUCUGAAAGGAGGUGCCCUCCCUGCUUGACCAGCUUGGCUCAGAAGUAUCUGAUCUGGGAGUGCAGCCCCACUUGGAUGAAGCUCAAGAACGUUUUCUUUGGGAUUGUGACAGACCCCUUUGCAGAGCUCACCAUCACUUUGUGCAUCGUGGUGAACACACUCUUCAUGGCUAUGGAACACCAUGGAAUGAGCUGCACCUUCGAUACCAUGCUUCAGACAGGCAACAUUGUCUUUACUGUGUUUUUUACUGCUGAAAUGGUUUUCAAAAUCAUUGCCUUCGACCCCUACUAUUACUUCCAGAAGAAGUGGAAUAUCUUUGACUGCAUCAUCGUCACUGUGAGCCUGGUGGAGCUGGGGAUGUCCAGGAAGGGCACGUCCAGCCUCUCAGUGCUGCGGACCUUCCGCUUGCUGCGGGUUUUCAAGCUGGCCAAAUCCUGGCCAACCUUAAACACACUCAUCAAGAUCAUCGGAAACUCCGUGGGGGCGCUGGGGAACCUGACCUUCAUCCUAGCCAUCAUUGUCUUUAUCUUCGCUCUGGUUGGCAAGCAGCUCCUCGGGGAAAAUUACCUGCAGGAACGGUGCCUUACCACCAACAUGUCCAUUCCCAAGGAAGGCUGCCCCCGCUGGCACAUGCACGACUUCUUCCACUCCUUCCUUGUCAUCUUCCGGAUCCUCUGUGGAGAGUGGAUUGAGAACAUGUGGGUCUGCAUGCAAGUGGGCCAGAAAUCCAUAUGCCUCAUCCUUUUCUUGACAGUGAUGGUGCUGGGGAAUCUGGUGGUGCUCAACCUGUUCAUUGCCCUGCUGCUGAACUCCUUCAGUGCCGACAACCUCACAGCCCCAGAGGACGAUGGGGAGGUGAACAACCUGCAGGUGGCUCUGGCCAGGAUUCAGGCAUUUGGCUGUCGCUUCAAGAAGGCCUUUCACAACUUCUUCGGCAGGCCCUGCCUUCUUCCCCGGCCCAAGGAGGAGCCCCAGCUGGUGGUGAAGCUCCCCCUCUCCAACGCCAAAGCAGAGAACCACAUUGCUGUCGACGUGACAGCAGGGAGCCCCGGACAUUUCCUGGCCCCCAAAGGCCCCAGGGAAGACCACACUGACUUCAUCACCAAUCCUAAUGUCUGGGUCUCUGUGCCCAUCGCAGAGGGCGAAUCUGACCUGGAUGACUUGGAGGAGGAUGGGGAAGAAGAUGCUCAGGGCUCCAAACAGGAAGUGAACCCCCCAGGGCAGCAGGAGAAGCUGCAGCAAGUCCAGCAGUGUGAGGACCACCUGGGGCCCAGAAGCCCCAGCUCCAGAACAUCCUCUGAGGACCUGGCACCAUAUCUGGUUGAGAAGUGGAAAGAUGAGCCUGCUGCUCAGGCCCCUGCAGAGGGAGUGGAUGACACAAGCUCCUCCGAAGGCAGCACAGUGGACUGCCUGGACCCCGAGGAGAUCCUGAAGAAGAUCCCCGAGCUGGCAGAUGACCUUGAUGAACCAGAUGACUGCUUCGCAGAAGGCUGCGUUCGCCACUGUCCCUGGUGCAAAGUGAACACCACCAAGUUCCCAUGGGCCACGGGCUGGCAGGUGCGCAAGGUCUGCUACCGCAUUGUGGAGCACAGCUGGUUUGAGAGCUUCAUCAUCUUCAUGAUCCUGCUCAGCAGUGGGUCCCUGGCGUUUGAAGACUGUUACCUUGACCAGAAGCCCACAGUGAAGGCCUUGCUGGAAUACACUGACCGGGUGUUCACGUUUGUCUUUGUCUUCGAGAUGUUGCUCAAGUGGGUGGCCUAUGGCUUCAAAAGUUACUUCACAAACGCCUGGUGCUGGCUGGACUUCCUCAUCGUGAAUAUCUCACUGACAAGCCUCGUAGCAAGAAUCCUGCAGUACUCUGACAUGGAAUCCAUCAAAGCCCUUCGGACCCUCCGUGCGCUGAGGCCACUGCGGGCUCUGUCUCGAUUUGAAGGCAUGCGGGUGGUGGUAGACGCGCUGGUGGGUGCCAUCCCAUCCAUCAUGAAUGUCCUCCUGGUCUGCCUCAUCUUCUGGCUGAUCUUCAGCAUCAUGGGCGUGAACCUCUUCGCGGGGAAGUUUUGGAAGUGCAUCAACAACACCAAUGGAGACUUCGCUCUUGUGCCUUGGCUUAUCGUGGAUAACAAAUCCGAAUGUUCAAACAAUAACAACACCGGCGACUUCUUCUGGGUCAAUGUGAAGGUCAACUUUGAUAAUGUUGCAAUGGGUUACCUGGCCCUUCUGCAGGUGGCAACCUUUAAAGGCUGGAUGGAGAUCAUGUAUGCAGCUGUUGAUUCCCGAAAGCAGGUGGACUUGCAGCCCAAGUGGGAGGACAACCUGUACAUGUACUUGUACUUUGUCAUCUUCAUCAUUUUCGGAGGCUUCUUCACAUUGAACCUCUUUGUUGGGGUCAUCAUCGACAACUUCAAUCAGCAGAAAAAAAAGUUAGGGGGCCAGGACAUCUUCAUGACGGAGGAGCAAAAGAAGUACUACAAUGCCAUGAAGAAGCUGGGCUCCAAGAAGCCCCAGAAGCCCAUCCCACGCCCCCUGAACAAGUACCAGGGCUUCAUCUUCGACAUAGUGACCAGACAAGCUUUCGAUGUCGUUAUCAUGGUUCUCAUUUGCCUCAACAUGGUCACCAUGAUGGUGGAAACUGAUGUGCAGAGUGAAGAAAAGACAAGAGUCCUUAACAGAAUCAACCAGUUCUUUGUGGCCGUCUUCACAGCUGAGUGUGUCCUGAAGAUGUUCGCCUUGAGGCAUUACUAUUUCACCAAUGGCUGGAACGUGUUUGACUUCAUUGUCGUGAUCCUUUCCAUUGGGAGCCUGGUGUUUUCUGCAAUCCUUAAGUCACUUGAAAAUUACUUCUCCCCAACGCUCUUCAGAGUCAUCCGCCUGGCCCGCAUCGGCCGCAUCCUCAGACUGAUCCGAGCAGCCAAGGGGAUCCGCACGCUGCUCUUCGCCCUCAUGAUGUCCCUGCCGGCCCUCUUCAACAUCGGGCUGCUGCUCUUCCUCGUCAUGUUCAUCUACUCCAUCUUCGGCAUGGCCAGCUUUGCCCACGUAAGGGAGGAGGCUGGCAUUGACGACAUGUUCAACUUCCAGACCUUUGCCAACAGCAUGCUGUGUCUGUUCCAGAUCACCACGUCAGCGGGCUGGGAUGGCCUCCUCAGCCCCAUCCUCAACACGGGGCCCCCCUACUGUGAUCCCAAUCUGCCCAACAGCACUAGCACCAAAGGGAACUGCGGGAACCCAGCUGUGGGCAUCAUCUUCUUCACCACCUAUAUCAUUAUCUCCUUCCUCAUCGUGGUCAACAUGUACAUUGCAGUGAUUCUGGAGAACUUCAAUGUGGCCACAGAGGAGAGCACUGAACCUCUGAGUGAGGAUGAUUUUGACAUGUUCUAUGAGACCUGGGAGAAGUUUGACCCAGAAGCCACCCAAUUUAUUACCUUUUCUGCCCUCUCAGACUUUGCAGACACCCUCACCGGUCCCCUGCGAAUCCCAAAACCCAAUCGGAAUAUAUUGAUCCAGAUGGACCUGCCCUUGGUCCCUGGAGAUAAGAUUCACUGUUUGGACAUCCUUUUUGCCUUUACCAAGAAUGUUCUGGGAGAAUCUGGGGAAUUGGAUUCUCUGAAGGCAAAUAUGGAGGAGAAGUUUAUGGCAACGAAUCUUUCAAAAGCAUCCUAUGAGCCAAUAGCAACCACGCUUCGAUGGAAACAAGAAGACAUUUCAGCCACUGUCAUUCAAAAAGCCUAUCGGAGCUACGUGCUGCACCGCUCCAUAACGGCCUCCAACCCCCCAGGCAUUCCCAGGGCUGAGGAGGAGGCCAUAUCACCCACGGAUGAAACCUUUGUUGCAUUUAUGGCAAAUGAAAAUGGUGUGCUGCCAGGAAAAUCUGUAACUGCUUCUGCUACAUCUUUCCCCCCAUCUUAUGACAGUGUCACAAGAGGCCUUAGUGAUCAAGUCAACAUGAGCACCUCUAGCUCGAUGCAGAACCAGGAUGAAGAUACCAAUACGAAAGUAGCUACACCUGGGUCCCAGUGAGGAUAUUUCAGCAUGGACAUAUCCAGUUCUGAUGUAACCUUCUACUCCAUAAUAACUCUUUCCCACUACAGGUGGCAACCAGCUACCACCUCAUCAAUGCAUGCCACUGGUCACCAUGGAACUGGGCAGGGAGCACCACUGGUGCCCACCUUUGGAGAAGCCCCACACACUAACAGGAGUCAGAAUCCAAGGGCAUCUCCACUGUGACUUCCCUUUUGCUUUCCAGUAUCAGUUGACAGUUCCCCUUACCUCCAGAAAAUGUCCCUGGCCCUUUAAUUUUGACCUAGACCAGACCUUACAUUUACCAAGACGAACUUCUCAGCACUAGAACUUCCAAAGAUAUACAGCAAGGAUGUUGCUAAAGGUUCAAGGUAGUCCUCUGUGAAAUGCCACAUAGAGAC